GAUUUCUUCCAUCUUCAAACAUUUCAUCCAAACUAACAUAGCUUUAGUUUAAGAAUGUCUGCCUCCAAAUUCCAAACUUGGGCGGAAGAUGAAGCAAAUCGAUUGAUGAAGAAGUAUGACACAAAUGGCGAUGGUAUGCUCACUAAAGAAGAGCUACAAGUCUUCCUCCACAAGGCUCGGGGUUCCAAGCAACUCAAUAAUAAUCAAGGAUUUGUAUUUAAGAUCCCAAAAGCCAACAACAAUGUUGCGCACGAGCAUAGCUCAAACUCUCAUAUGAAGCAUAAAAAGCAGGUACAAGACAAAGGUAAGAAAUCCUCAACAAAAUUUUUUGAUGGAGAGAUGUCUAAGCUGCGACUUAGUCGUGAACAGAUGAAGGAGAUUUUCAAAAAUCAUGAUAGUAACAAAGAUGGUUUUCUCGACAUAAAAGAGGUAACAAAAGCUUUUGGUUUUCUAGGCUCAAUUCUUCCGUUCAACAAAGCUCACUAUGCUAUGGCUUAUGCCGAUACUAAUCAUGAUGGUCUCAUCAGUGAAUUUGAACUUGACAAGCUCAUAGAUUAUGCAAGUAAAUUUAUUAACAAGAUAUGAGCUUAAAUGUUAGC